CCCGCUCGAGCUGCACCACCUCACCCUAUUCUGGAGCUGUAGGCUCUGUGAGAGAAGACCAGCAGGCCGCAGUACCACAGCAUUAUGGGUCGAUGUUGUCAAGGACGUUUCUGCAUGACGUAUCUAAUCCAUACAUUACACACAGCUAUGAGAUCUACGAGCGGAUAGACCCGCGACCAGACAACUUCACAGGUGUGCGAGCAUCGUAUACAAGUCAACACAGUCAGAUGGGUGCUGAUCUGAGGUCAGCCACUUCCCCUGACCGCUAUAUAGGACCUAUUUAUGAGGACCGGACUUUCCAGAGACCCCUGUACCACAGUCUCAGCCAGACAGCCGCAGACCUGAACCACAGCCCACAGAGUCCACUCUACAGGUCGCCUUUCGGUAUGAGUAACCUGCAGCGGAGCUCCAGUCAGCGCAGUAACAUGAUGUACCAAAGAAAUAACUAUGCUUUAAACACCAUAUACACAGAAGCAUACCAAUCUACCCCUUACUGGUCCCCUGAUCCCAGCUACACACGCCAGCCCAUGGAUGAUGAUGCCACACGCUCCCCUUCGAUAGACAGCAUGCAGAAGGACCCAAGAGAGUUUGCAUGGCGUGACCCAGACCUACAGGAGGUCAUCCACAUGCUACAGCAUCAGUUUCCGUCUGUGCAGGCUAAUGCAGCAGCAUACCUGCAACACCUGUGCUACAAAGACAACCACGUCAAGACCGAGGUGUGUCGUCUGGGUGGAAUAAAACACCUGGUGGAUUUGUUGGAUCAUAAGGUUCUGGAGGUCCAGCGGUACGCAUGCGGAGCCCUGAGGAACCUCGUUUAUGGCAGAGCUACAGAUGACAACAAGAUUGCCGUGAGAAAUGCAGGUGGAGUUCCUGCACUGCUUCGCCUGCUGAGAACAACAGUGGACACUGAAGUACGAGAGCUUGUCACAGGUGUGUUGUGGAACCUGUCUUCGUGUGACGCAGUGAAGAUGACAAUCAUCCGCGAUGCCUUAAGCAGCGUGACCAACACUGUGAUCAUCCCUCACUCGGGCUGGAGCAGCACUGACUAUCACCACGAGCACAAGCUCAAGCUGCACUCCUCGGUCGUGCUGCGAAACAGCAGCGGUUGUCUGAGGAACCUGAGUUCAGCUGGAGAAGAAGCCAGGAAAUACAUGCGCUCCUGCGAGGGACUCGUGGACUCAUUACUGUACGUCAUCAAAGCUUGUGUCAGCACCUCUGACUUUGACAGCAAGAUUGUGGAAAACUGUAUUUGCAUCCUGAGGAAUCUCUCCUAUCGGCUGGAGCUGGAAAUAUCACCCUCUUGCCUGACAGCCAAUCAGGAGCUUGAUGGGUUAAUGGGGUCAGAGUCACCCAGAAAAGAGACGGAUUACAGCUGCUGGGGGAGGAGGAAGAGAAAAAAGAAGAAUAUACUGGAAGAACAGUGGGAUGGUGUCGGGCCGAUCCCUGGCUUCUCGAAGUCUCCUAAAGGUGCUGAAAUGUUGUGGCACCCAUCUGUAGUGAAGCCCUAUCUGACCCUGUUAGCUGAGAGCUCAAACCCAGCCACACUAGAGGGCUCCGCCGGGUCACUCCAGAACCUCUCCGCAGGAAACUGGAAGUUUGCAGCGUAUAUCCGCGCAGCGGUGCGUAAGGAGAAAGGUUUGCCCAUUCUGGUGGAGUUACUGCGCAUGGAUAACGACCGGGUGGUGUGCUCCAUUGCCACAGCUCUCAGAAACAUGGCCCUGGACGUGAGAAAUAAAGAGCUGAUCGGGAAAUACGCCAUGCGGGACCUGGUGAACCGUUUGCCGGGAGGAAACACUUCACAGCUGUCAGACGAUACGGUGGCAGCAAUCUGCUGCACGCUGCAUGAGGUCACCAGAAGAAACAUGGAGAACGCUAAAGCCCUGGCAGAUGCGGGCGGCAUCGAGAAACUCGUCAACAUCACCAAGGGCAGAGGAGAAAGGUACUCUGUGAAGGUGGUGAAGGCGGCCGCUCAGGUGCUGAACACGCUGUGGCAGUACAGAGACCUGCGCACCAUCUACAAGAAGGAUGGCUGGAGUCAGAAUCACUUCCUGACUCCUGUAUCGACUCUGGAGAGAGAGCGCUUCAGAUCCCCACCCACUCUACCGUCGAGCACGCUACAGAUGUCCCCUGCGCACCACACAGGCAGCACAUUAUCAUCUCCCAUCAUGCUGGGCAGCAAACAGCACUCUGAUCAUCUGAAGACACAAAACAUGCUAUUUUAUAAUUACCAAGGAGAAAACGGCAUCAGUAAAAACAAAACUAUAGGGUCUGCCAAAGCCUCUCAGUGUAACUCUUCCCUGAGCAGAGAGGGCUCAAGACGAGAGCAGAAGGCGUAUCGCACCGAUGAAACGGGCCACAGAAACCAUGACACUUACCGAGCAUACCUGCAUUCACCGCACGCCUACGAGGACUAUUCUCCUGCUGAUUACAGCCAGGCACACGGCUUCAGAAACACACACAACUACGCAGACUUUUACUCUUCCACCAGGAGACCGUUACACCACAGUGAACUUUACCAGGGAUCCCCCGAUUCAUGGGUGUAG